CUGUAAUCAGCUGUCUCGGGCGGUUCUGCUCCACCCCCCGCCCUCCUCAGGUAUAUCAGGGCUGGUCCAGGCCCAGGCUCUGUAGGGUGAGAGCGCAGGCACCAGGCACCAGGCACCAUGGGGAAGGCCGUGAGUGGGGCCCAGGGUUCUGGGAUGCGGUGGGGACAGGGUUUCCAGUGGGAUCUGAGGCCUCCCUCCCUCUAUCCUGUCCAUCCCCAGGAGAACUAUGAGCUCUACUCGGUGGAGCUGGGCCCUGGCCCCGGCGGGGACAUGGCUGCCAAGAUGAGCAAGAAGAAGGCGGGCGGCGGGGGUGGCAAGAGGAAGGAGAAGCUGGAGAACAUGAAGAAAGAGAUGGAGAUUAACGACCACCAGCUGUCAGUGGCGGAGCUGGAACAGAAAUACCAGACCAGUGCCACCAAGGGCCUGUCUGCCAGCCUGGCUGCCGAGCUGCUGCUGCGGGAUGGGCCCAAUGCGCUGCGGCCGCCACGGGGCACCCCAGAGUACGUCAAAUUCGCGAGGCAGCUAGCCGGGGGCCUGCAGUGCCUCAUGUGGGUGGCCGCCGCCAUCUGCCUCAUCGCCUUUGCCAUCCAGGCCAGCGAAGGGGACCUCACCACCGAUGACAACCUGUACCUGGCAAUUGCUCUCAUCGCUGUAGUUGUCGUCACUGGCUGCUUUGGCUACUACCAGGAAUUCAAGAGCACCAACAUCAUCGCCAGCUUCAAGAACCUUGUGCCACAGCAAGCCACUGUCAUCCGAGAUGGAGACAAGUUCCAGAUCAACGCUGACCAGCUGGUGGUGGGUGACCUGGUGGAGAUGAAAGGCGGGGACAGAGUGCCCGCUGACAUCCGCAUCCUGGCGGCCCAGGGCUGCAAGGUGGACAACUCCUCGCUGACGGGGGAGUCUGAGCCGCAGACCCGUUCACCUGAGUGCACACAUGAGAGCCCCCUGGAGACCCGCAACAUUGCCUUCUUCUCCACCAUGUGCCUUGAGGGCACUGCGCAGGGCCUGGUGGUGAACACGGGCGACCGCACCAUCAUUGGGCGCAUUGCAUCGUUGGCGUCAGGGGUGGAAAACGAGAAGACACCCAUUGCUAUCGAGAUUGAGCAUUUUGUGGACAUAAUCGCAGGCCUGGCCAUACUCUUUGGUGCCACAUUUUUUAUCGUGGCCAUGUGCAUCGGCUACACCUUCCUGCGGGCGAUGGUCUUCUUCAUGGCCAUUGUGGUGGCCUACGUGCCUGAGGGGCUGCUGGCCACUGUCACAGUCUGCCUCUCCCUGACAGCCAAGCGCCUGGCCAGUAAGAACUGCGUGGUCAAGAACCUGGAGGCAGUGGAGACAUUGGGCUCCACCUCAGUGAUCUGCUCGGACAAGACAGGGACGCUCACUCAGAACCGCAUGACUGUGUCCCAUUUGUGGUUUGACAACCACAUCCACACAGCUGACACCACGGAAGACCAGUCAGGGCAGACGUUUGACCAGUCCUCGGAGACGUGGCGGGCGCUGUGCCGGGUGCUCACCCUGUGCAACCGCGCCGCCUUCAAGUCCGGCCAGGACGCAGUGCCCGUGCCCAAGCGCAUCGUGAUCGGAGACGCGUCGGAGACGGCGCUGCUCAAGUUCUCAGAGCUGACGCUGGGCAACGCCAUGGGCUACCGCGACCGCUUCCCAAAAGUCUGCGAGAUCCCUUUCAACUCCACCAACAAGUUCCAGCUGUCCAUCCACACGCUGGAGGACCCGCGGGACCUGCGACACCUGCUGGUGAUGAAGGGCGCCCCCGAGCGCGUGCUGGAGCGCUGCAGCUCCAUCCUCAUCAAGGGCCAGGAGCUGCCUCUGGAUGAGCAGUGGCGUGAGGCCUUCCAGACCGCCUACCUCAGCCUGGGAGGCCUGGGUGAACGCGUGCUUGGCUUCUGCCAGCUCUACCUGAAUGAGAAGGACUACCCGCCUGGCUAUGCCUUUGACGUGGAGGCCAUGAACUUCCCAUCUAGCGGCCUCUGCUUUGCUGGACUUGUAUCCAUGAUUGACCCACCCCGGGCCACCGUCCCUGAUGCUGUGCUCAAGUGUCGCACAGCAGGCAUCCGGGUGAUCAUGGUGACAGGUGACCACCCCAUCACCGCCAAGGCCAUUGCAGCCAGUGUGGGCAUCAUCUCAGAAGGCAGCGAGACAGUGGAGGACAUCGCUGCCCGCCUCCGUGUGCCUGUGGACCAGGUUAAUCGCAAGGACGCCCGUGCCUGUGUGAUCAAUGGCAUGCAGCUGAAGGACAUGGACCCGUCGGAGCUGGUCGAGGCCCUGCGCACCCACCCUGAGAUGGUGUUUGCACGCACCAGCCCCCAGCAGAAGCUGGUAAUCGUGGAGAGCUGCCAGAGGCUGGUGAGCCCUGCUGAUGAGGGCGGGCAGGUGGGCAGACAGGCAGGGCUGGUCCUAGGCCAGCCUCUCACUGACCACCUGCCCACCCACCUGCACCACUGCCUGCAGGGUGCGAUUGUGGCCGUCACAGGGGAUGGUGUGAAUGACUCCCCAGCCCUGAAGAAGGCAGACAUUGGAGUAGCCAUGGGCAUUGCUGGCUCAGAUGCUGCCAAAAAUGCAGCCGACAUGAUCCUGCUGGAUGAUAACUUUGCCUCCAUUGUGACAGGCGUGGAGCAGGGCCGACUUAUCUUCGACAACCUGAAGAAGUCCAUCGCCUACACAUUGACCAAGAACAUCCCGGAGCUGACGCCCUACCUCAUCUACAUCACUGUCAGCGUGCCCCUGCCCCUCGGGUGCAUCACCAUCCUCUUCAUCGAACUCUGCACUGACAUCUUCCCAUCUGUGUCCCUGGCAUACGAAAAGGCUGAGAGUGACAUCAUGCACCUGCGUCCACGAAACCCGAAGCGCGACAGAUUGGUCAACGAGCCCCUGGCUGCCUACUCCUACUUCCAGAUUGGUGGGUGCCCAUGGAAUGGGGAGCCUGAGGGGCUCUGCACUGAGCUGCUCGCCUGCUCCAGGCCCUGCCUUGGGCUCUGGCUGUUUCUGGACCUCAGUGUCUGCAUUUGGUCCUGGGUCUCCAUUGCCCUCCGUGUCCCUGUCUGUGAUGGUCUCUCUGGUCCCCCUGUGUCCCUGCCGUCUCUGACCUUGCUCUCCAUGACCCUGUCUCUGAGUCAUGGCCUACUUGUCUUUUUGGGUCCUGGAUGUGUCUUUUUUUCUCUCUCUCUCUGUCCCUGCUUCUGUCUCUGCUGCUCUGUGUCUGUCACUGUUCCUGCAUCCCUGUCUCUCCAUGUGCCUUUCUUCCUGUGUCCUUGUCUCUGUGUCCAUCUCUGUCUCCCUGUGUCCCUUUGCCUCUCUCCAGGUGCCAUUCAGUCCUUUGCUGGCUUCACUGACUACUUCACGGCCAUGGCCCAGGAGGGCUGGUUCCCACUGCUGUGCGUGGGGCUGCGGCCGCAGUGGGAGGACCACCACCUGCAAGAUCUGCAGGACAGCUACGGCCAGGAGUGGACGUUCGGGCAGCGCCUGUACCAGCAGUACACCUGCUACACCGUGUUCUUCAUCAGCAUCGAGGUGUGCCAGAUUGCCGACGUGCUCAUCCGCAAGACACGCCGCCUCUCUGCCUUCCAGCAGGGCUUCUUCAGGAAUAAGAUCCUGGUGAUUGCCAUCGUGUUCCAGGUCUGCAUCGGCUGCUUCCUGUGCUACUGCCCCGGCAUGCCCAACAUCUUCAACUUCAUGCCCAUUCGGUUCCAGUGGUGGCUGGUCCCCCUGCCCUACGGCAUCCUCAUCUUCGUCUAUGAUGAGAUCAGGAAGCUUGGAGUUCGCUGUUGCCCAGGAAGCUGGUGGGACCAGGAACUCUACUAUUAGAGGGACAACUGCCUUCAAGCAUCCCUGCAACUGCCACGGCAGGUGGGGGCAGGGCUCCUGGGACCCUCUGGACAGCCACCAAGACAUCUGAGCUACCAAGAGUCCCAGCCCCACCAGUAUCUGCUUCUGCAGUCCACAGCACCCCAAACUUGGAGGGACCCUGCCUACUCCCCUUCCCCAUCCCCAAGGUUUGCACCUCCUGGAGCAGCAGUACCUGGGCACAGUCCUCUGAGCUGGCCUCGGGAAAGCCCCCACUUGGUGGCGGUGGGGCUCUGACAGGGAGUACAACUGGAGGGUGUCUGUCCUUAGGACUCCAGUCCAGGCAGGAGGGCUGCCCAGCGGCCCUUCGUUAAAGAUACGCUUGUGUCCUGCGAGAUGGUAAUAAAACCAGCUCAUGCUGUGUG